AUGUGCUAGCUGGGAUGGUACAACAUUCCACCGGCCACAAUCAACAACUUGAUCAACUCUAUGCAAAAGAGAUGUGUCCCGGAGGAGGCAGCGACCCCUUCUCAUGUAAUGGGGUAGGGCCAUCCCAAGGAUCCCGGAAUGCACGGACGGUGUUAGUGGGGGAACAGGAAGUUCCGGACAGAAGCGCACCAUUCUCCAGUGUAAAGAAAGUGCCAGGACGGUGCAGUCAAAAAGAUAACAAUCGUGUCCUUUUCUAUUUAUUACUACAGGGAUGUAAUAGCACGUUUAAACAUUCUAAUAUCGGAAGAACAUGUCAUACCAUUUUAGGUAACACAUCCGUUAAUGUAUUAUCACGUUUGGUAAAGGUUUGAUGUGUUAUUUUUGUGUCAAGCCGAGUGAAGAACGUGAUAAUGAUAACUAUUUUACAAGUCACAUAGUUGGAGCCUUUGUGGUUUGUCUGAGUGGGUGUACAUAGUUUUCUCAAGGCAGACUCAGGUCAAGUCUGAAGCCGGUAACAUCAACAGUGAGGACAGACCCAACCUGCCUCUCUCCUUCCACACUGAGUCCAAACCUACAGUCACUGAGUACUGAUUGUGACAGUCAAGCCCAGUUUGCACUGCAGGAUCCAGAGAUGGCAUCAGUGAAGCUGGAAGACUGCAGUCAAACACUGGAGCAGAAUGUCAACAUUAAAGAUGAAGAAGAGGAGGAGAAGAUUGGGAAGUCUGUUAGUCAUGGUGUGAGGCCGGUAACAUCAACAGCGAGGACAACCCCAGCCUGCCUCUCUCCUUCCACACUGAGUCCAAACCUACAGUCACUGGGUCCUGAUAAUGACAGUGGAGGCCAGUUUUUACAGCAGGAUCCAGAGAUGGCAUCAGUGAAGCUGGAAGACUGCAGUCAAACACUGGAGCUAAAUGUCAACAUUAAAGAUGAAGAAGAGGAGGAGAAGAUUGGGGAAUCUGUUUCUCAUGGACGACUAGAAUUAAGUCUGAAGCCGGUAACAUCCACAGUGAGGACAAACCCAGCCUGCCUCUCUCCUUCCACACUGAGUCCAAACCAACAGUCACUGGGUCCUGAUUGUGACAGUGGAGCCCAGUUUGCACUGCAGGAUCCAGAGAUGGCAUCAGUGAAGCUGGAAGACUGCAGUCAAACAAUGGAGCUGAAUGUUGACAUUAAAGUUGAAGAAGAGGAGGAGAAGAUUGGGAAGUCUGUUAGUCAUGGGAGGACAAACCCAGCCUGCCUCUCUCCUUCCACUCUGAGUCCAAACCUACAGUCACUGGGUCCUGAUAAUGACAGUGGAGGCCAGUUUUUACAGCAGGAUCCAGAGAUGGUAUCAGUGAAGCUGGAAGAUUGCAGUCAAACACUGGAGCUGAAUAUCAACAUUAAAGAUGAAGAAGAGGAGGAGAAGAUUGGGAAAUCUGUUUCUCAUGGACGACUAGAAUUAAGUCUGAAGCCGGUGACAUCAACAGUGAGGACAAACCCAGCCUGCCUCUCUCCGUCCACACUGAGUCCAAACCUACAGUCACUGGGUCCUGAUUGUGACAGUGGAGCCCAGUUUGCACUGCAGGAUCCUGAGAUGGCAUCAGUGAAGCUGGAAGACUGCAGUCAAACAAUGGAGCUGAAUGUUGACAUUAAAGUUGAAGAAGAGGAGGAGAAGAUUGAGGAAUCUGUUUCUCAUGGACACCAUGUUGAGACAUUCUCUACAUCCAGAGAGAAACAGCAGGAAGAUCAUGGAGCUAAGAGGUCUCACCUCUGCCCACAUUGUGAUGAGAUUUUCCCAGUUCUAUCAAAGCUAAAAAUACACCUAAAAAUACACACAGGAGAGAAUCCGUAUUCCUGUACUGACUGUGGGAAGAGAUUCACAACAUCAGGGAAUCUGACAGUUCAUCAGAGAGUGCACACUGGAGAGAAGCCUUACUCCUGCCCUGACUGUGGAAAGAUUUUCUCUCGACUGGGCCACUUAAAAAGACAUGAACAUAUACAUACAGGAGUGAAGCCUUACUCCUGCUCUGACUGUGUAAAAUGCUACACAACAUCAACUGAGCUAAAACUUCAUCAGAGAGUGCACACUGGAGAGAAGCCUUUCUCCUGCUCUGACUGUGGGAAGAGUUUCUCUCGACAGGGUUUUUUAAAAGCACAUGAACUUAUACAUACAGGAGUGAAGCCUUAUUCCUGCUCUGACUGUGGGAAGAUUUUCUCUCAACUGGGCAACUUAAAAACACAUGAACGUAUACAUACAGGAGUGAAGCCUUACUCCUGCUCUGACUGUGUAAAAUGCUUCACAACAUCAACUGAGCUAAAAGUCCAUCAGAGAACACACACAGGCGAGAAGCCUUACUCCUGCUCUGACUGUGGAAAGAGUAUCUCUCUACUGUGCAACUUAAAAACACAUGAACGUAUACAUACAGGAAUGAAGCCUUACUCCUGCUCUGACUGUGUAAAAUGCUUCACAACAUCAGCUGAGCUAAAAGUUCACCAGAGAACACACACAGGAGAGAAGCCUUACUCCUGCUCUGACUGUGGAAAGAUCUUUACCCAACAAUCAUCUCUGACAGCUCAUCAGAAAGUGCACACUGGAGAGAAGUCAUACUUCUGCUUUGUCUGUGGGGAGAGUUUCUCUCAACAGGGACACUUAAAAACACAUCAUCGAAUACACACAGGAGAGAAGCCAUACUCCUGCUUUGACUGUGGGGAGAGUUUUUCUCAACAGAGCCACCUAAAAACCCACCAACGAAUACACACAGGAGAGAAGCCUUACUCCUGCUCUGACUGUGGAAAGAGUUUCUCUCAACUGGGCAGCUUAAAAACACACCAACGUAUACACACAGGAGAGAAGCCUUACUCCUGCUCUUACUGUGGGGAGUGUUUCUCUCAACUGGGCAACUUAAAAACACACAAACGUAUACACACAGGAGAGAAGCCUUUCUCCUGCACUGACUGUGGGAAGAACUUCACAACAUCACAAGCUCUGACAGUUCAUCAGAGAGUGCACACUGGAGAGAAGCCUUACUACUGCUCUGAAUGUGGAAAGAGUUUCUCCCAAUUGGAUAUGUUAAAAUGUCACCAACGAAUACAUACAGGAGAGAAGCCUUACUCCUGCUCUGACUGUGGAAAGAGUUUCUCUCAACUGGGCAACUUAGAAGCACACCAACGUAUACACACAGGAGAGAAGCCUUACUCCUGCUCUGACUGUGGGAAGUGCUUCACAACAUCAGCUGAGCUAAAAGUUCAUAAAAGAGCACACACAGGAGAGAAGCCUUACACCUGUUCUGACUGUGGAAAGAGUUUCUCCCGAUUGGAUAUGUUAAAAUGUCAUCAGCGAAUACAUACAGGAGAGAAGCCUUAUUCCUGCUCUGACUGUGGAAAAAGUUUCUCCCAACUGGGCAACUUAGAAGCACACCAACGUAUACACACAGGAGAGAAGCCUUACUCCUGCACUGACUGCGGGAAGUGUUUCUCCCGAUUGGAUACCUUAAAACGCCACAAAUGUAUACAUAAAGGACAGAAGCCUCAUCAGUUCUCUCAGACCAGCUAAGAAUUAAAGUCACUCCAUCACUUUAAGAUGCACUAUGUAGAAAUCACUCCACCAUUUCCUGGAUGUUAAAAUUGCAAUAGUUCUAAUAGCCUCCAGUUUGUGACAAAACAAGCAGUCAUUGUGUAGUGAAUCAUUGUACCAUCUAAACCGCUGUGAAAUAUAUUUUCCAUAACCAAAAUAUUGUAUUUUCAGCUGUUGUACAAAAACGGAAGUAAAAAACGCAAAAAACAAAACUUCAGAACGGGAAGCAUAGAAAUAGUGCACAUAGAACAGAUCUACUGCUUCUUGUCAUACCUUCAUACCGACCUUGUGCCAUACCAGAAUAUUAGGUAAUACUGGCACUGAACACAAGGGGCGCUAUUUUCAAACCCCACAAUGCCUCCGAAGGUUAGCGAUGCUAACCAAUCCCAUAGAGAAUGCUAACGAGGUCAUUUUUCAGAACAGACAUCCCAGCUCAAAGUUAUACAAGCAACAACAAAAUGGUACUCACAGUUCACUGCACGCAAAAAAUAUAUAUAUAUUUUAGACAGCAUCCAGGAGUAGUUAGCUAACUAACUAACUACUAAAUUAGCAAACCAAAUGCACAACUGCAGAGCAUUUAGCACAUUUUAGACUGUUAACUUAAAGGGAUAUUCCUCAUCUCCAGCACCACCCCAACAUCAACAUGUAAAUGUUGCGUGUUUCUGUAGUAAAAAAAGAUUGAGGAAGAUAAGUGAUUCUAAUGACAUCAUCGGUGGGCAUCGUGUGAUUUUUGACCAAUUUAUGAGGAGGCAUUGCCUACUAACUGGUUGAUGAUGUCAUUUUCACAUGUUGAUGUUUGGUUGGUGCUUCAUUUCCCUUUAAUAGAGUUAGUUAUAAGAUAUUAUAUAUUUGUCACAUAUAUGUACCGACAGAUGUUUGAAUAUCAUUGAAUAUCAUUAUAGAAUAUGCAUUAAAUGCAUCCUCCAAUUGUAAAGUCUGUCUAUGCUCAUACAGUAGACAGUGUUGAGAGCAACAGCAUGAAGAUCACAGGGCAAAGAGGUCUCACCACUGCCAGUUCUCUCAGAACAAUUAAGAUUAGAGUCAUAAAAUAAGUUGUAACAGUAAACUGGAUCAAAUGAAGAAAGCUUAGAACACACUAUUGUAAUCCUAUUGUUUCUCACUGUGAGCGAACUGUGCAGAGGAAAGGGAGCAUUAUAGAAUGUUAACCUCUUUACUUUACAUAUCACUGUGCACCUUGUCUGUUUUGGUGUGUUUUGUUAGCUUCUACUGUAAAGAUAUUGAGAUGACCUUGGAUUUUCACUUAGUGUUAAAUAUCUUCUGUGAGGCUUCUCAUUUUAAAAUCAAACAGUUUAUAGUUUAACAGUUGACGGGGUGGUACUGCUUACCUCUCAGCGUGGUCUGACUCUGUCUGUUGGGAGAGUUUCAACUGGGCAGCUUAAAAACACACCAACUGUAUACACACAGGAGAGAAGCCUUACUCCUGCUCUUUGGAUGGGUGG